AUGCAUUCAAGCAGCAGAAACAUGGCCGAAAAUUUUCUAAUCCUCUUGCUUCAUUUACUAGUUAUCAUGGUAUAUUGUUCAUCCCAUGGAAGAGAAAUGGGUGGUGGAACCAAAAACAAUAUGAAUCAUCAUAUGAUGAAUAAUCAUCAUGACAUAGACCCUUCUCUAAUGGUGUUCUUGACAAUGAAGGAUUUGAAGGUAGGUCAAAGAAUGCCAAUUUAUUUUCCCAAGAGAGACCCUUCAACUUCACCGAAGCUAUGGCCAAAGCAAGAAGCUGAUUCAGUUCCUUUCUCGUUGGAAAAACUCCCACAACUCCUCCAACUCUUUGGCUUCGCCCGCGAUUCUGCGCAGGCGAAAGCCAUGGAAGAUACCCUGAGGGAAUGUGAGAGCAAGCCUAUCAAAGGAGAGGUCAAGUUCUGUGCAACUUCCUUAGAUUCUGCCGUAACAGAUUCCAUGCUUGAUUUCGCUCAAAGCAUUCUGGGAAAAGAUUCCGGGUUUCGAGUACUUUCGACUUCUCACAAGACUAAGUCUAGUGUGAGUUUCCAGAAUUAUACAAUGUUAGAAGACAUUAAAGAGAUGGAAGCUCCGAAGAUGGUGGCUUGUCACACCAUGCCUUACCCUUAUGGUGUUUUCUAUUGCCAUAGCCAGACAACUCAGAACAAGGUUUAUAGUGUGCCACUUGAAGGUGAGAAUGGUGAUAAGGUAGAAGCUAUCGUUGUUUGUCAUUUGGAUACUUCACAAUGGGGGUCUUCUCAUCCUUCAUUUCAAGUUCUUGCUGUUAAGCCUGGAACCACUUCUGUGUGCCACUUUUUCCCUGCUGAUAAUCUUAUCUUUGUUCCAAAAGUUGAAAUUGAAGGAUUUGACAUACUUAGGGAUGGUGUUUAAAUCAGAGUGGUUGGAUGAACAGUUGUUUCUUCUUUCAGAAAUUCCAGUUGAUGUGAUGGUAUAAUUGGUGAUGGUGUUUAAAGUAGGGUGGUUGGAAUUAACAGGUAUUUACGGGUCUUUUCUAGUAAUAACAUAUAAUAGGUCCCAUGACCCAUGUUGUUGUCAAAAUAAUUGAAAUGGACAAAACUUCUUUGGAAUCGUUAAAUAAUGCUUCAUGUUUCUAAAAUUUUUUAAUUUCCAUUUUUUGUGGUGAAACAGAUAACCAUGACAUAUAAGAGGGUCCUCGGCCAAUGCUAUAUUGGGAAAAUAAUUGAUGAAAUGGGCAAAGAUAUUUUAGAAUCUUAAAUAGUGCUUACUGCUUAAUCUACUCCUACUUCGUAUGAAAGGGAUCGAGAUGAAUUUUGUGUCAAACAUUUUCUUUCUAUUUUAAACCUCAAAACCACACAACUCUAUGCAGUGUUUAC